GCCUUCCUUUCCUCAUUUCCAGUGUCGCGACAUGGCCUCUCAGCAACCGCGGCUGCCACCGCCGCCGCCGCCGCUGAAGAAGAAAUCCCCGCCAGCUGCUCCCACCACCAUAAGCGACCUCGGCGACGACCUCCUGCGCGAGGUAUUUCUCCACCUCCCCUCCCUCCCGAGCCUCGUCCGCGCCGCACUCGCCUGCCCCGCCUUCCUCCGCGCCGUCCGCUCGUCUCCCGCCUUCCGCCGCCGCUUCCGCGAGCUACACCCUCCACCGCUCCUCGGCGUAUUCCUCGACAUACACGAUCCAUCCAUACCCGUCUUCGCGCCCAUCCGCCGCCACUCCGACCGGGACCACGCUGCCGCCAUCCGCGGCGCGGACGUCUUCUUUACCGUGCUCCCCGAAGACGAUAAUGGCCCCGAUCCCCAAUGGUCAAUGGAAUACUGCCGCGACGGAUUUGUUGUCCUCGUCAACUGGGAAAUCAAGAAAAUGGCCGUCUACGAUCCCCUCACACGGUCCCCGGAUCUCUUCCCCGUGCCGCCGGACGAGAUCUGCUGCGACAUGUACGUUGAGUUCCACGUGCUCGCCUCCGAAGAAAACCACAGGCCCUUCCAUGUUGUCUCUGUCUCUCACGAAAAGUGGGGGGCACAGGCCGCGGUCUUCUCAUCAGACACCAGAGAGUGGAAGGUUUUCCCAUUUUCGGAGGAUGGAUAUAGCUCUCUGAAUGGUACGCUAGUGAAUGGCUCUGUUUAUUGGGCAUUCACCAGCGAGACCAACAUCCGCGUGCUGAACAUAGCCACGCUGCAGUUCUCUCGGAUCGAGCCGCCGCUGCAUACCGAAGGGCAAGAGGAAUUUAAGCCCGGCGAGACCAAAGAUGGGAAGCUCUGUCUGGUUUGCGCAGUUCAACUCAUGCUUGUUGUCUGGGUCCGGAGACCCGACAACAACAACGGUGAAGACAGAUGGGCGCUGGAUAAGACAUUUUCGCUGCAGGAUGAUACACAUAACAUCUCUCGGUAUUGUCUGGAUGAUGAUGUUUCGCUCCAUAUUGUGGCGAUUAUUGCUGGAUUUGUUUAUUUCUCCACCUUCUGUGAGAGGCGUCCAAAUUCUUGUCACUUCAUGUGCUUCUGCCUUGAAACUGAGGAGCUGAGUAAGCUCUGCACUGUCACCCACUCCAAUAUUUCCUAUCCCUACAUCAUGGCGUUCCCUCCUUCAUUGGUAUGCAACAAGGUGAACCCUCAACUCGAAGGGGCUUGACUAGGCAGAAGAAGAAAACUUGAAACAGAGAAUGUUAUUUCUACUAUGUAUGUUGUUUUCUCACUGUAGAAUUAAUAAACCAAGAUGUUCCAUUGCUGUUGGGAUGAGAAUGUUUAGUCUUUUUUGUAACCUCGUCAUCUAUCAUUAAUAGCUGACAUGAUCGUGCUUUUUGUAGCUAGAAAAUGGCUGACGUUUUUCUUUUGUGCUUGGAAAAAGUAUUCUAUGUGAUUGGCAAUAUUUCCUGAAUGGCAAACAGGACGGUUCCCAUUUACUCUUUUAGCAAGAUUUCUUAAGUUCUCUUGAAUCUUUAUACAAGUCUCUUAAGUUUAGCUCCCUGUCGUAAUCUCGAAAAAGUUAGCUCUCUCUCUCUCUCUCUUCAAUGUUAAGCAACGUGUUGACCUAACUAUGUAUUUGUAAUCCUUAACGUGUGAACGAAUUGGCAUAAAUGAAAUUAACUACAUAUCAUUUCACAUUACUUUUCUCAAUCAUACAUACUUGGUAUUGCUCUAUCAGGAAUGCUACUGCAGCUUGAAACACACAUUAUGAAAUUUGCUCCAGCUACUGCUGAUCCCAUCACACUCAAAGACUCCGACACUGCCUUUGAAUCGCUUGGUUUAUGAUUGUAAUAUGUUGUGUAGGAAUUCAUGUAGAAUGUUGUGACAGUGGGAUUUCUAGUUGCUGCACUAAUACCCCAUUUUAUUUCCAAUUGCAUGUUGUGCAAUGGUUUUCUCACCAAGCGCACUGCCUGCUUUGCUAAGGGGAAUCGUUUUGUACUAUACCAAUUUUAUCUUGGCCUAAUUUCAGGAACUUGCAAAGUUUGUCGAAUGGUCUACCAUAGUUAAAUGUUCUUUCAGGUCAAUAGUUCACAUCUUGUAGAAAUAUUUCCCCAUUGAUAGAUUAUUGAUAGACAGGAGUGACUAUGGCUCUGCAAUAUGCAUGUGCUGAACACCACGACACUGCAGUUCUCUGAAAUCGAGCUGCCUGUGCUCCUUGAAGGGAAAAUGGGAAUUUGUGGCUGGUGAGACCAAGAAUGGGAAGCUCUGUAAUGUUUGUGAUGUGCAACCUAUGCUUGUUGUCUGGAUUUUGAGAGCCGGUGAUGACAAUAUUAAUGAUGUGAUUAUUCAGUGUUCAGUAGUGGUAGUGGAUCAUUUUUCACUUAAGAUUGUGGCAAUUUAUUGAUGGAUUAGUGUACUUGUCUACUUACCGUGAGAUGGCUCAUAGUUUACCUUGCUGGUUCAUAUCCUUGUGUAUCAGCGGAGCUGAAUCAGCUCAGUCAUAUCCUUCAUGCUGGCUGUAGCGUUCAUAUCCCUACUUGAUGCCAUGGCCUCCUUUGAUGCGACGCAAUCGGGUGAACCCUUGACUCUUCUAAGGUACAUUACUAGGACGAAGAUAACUAAAACUGCAUUUCUUCAAGAUUAUCCUUACGUUUGUACUGAUGUCUUAUUAUGAUUUUGUCAAUGCACUCCUAGUUAGAUUACUCAUGUGUAGAAUGAAUCAACAUGCCAUGUCUUGUUGGGAAUUGCAUGCUAUUUGUGUACUUUGUGGAUACUAAUGACCAGACUUCUAGUGUACUGGAAGUAUAAUAUCUGUAACCUCUGAGCAGAUUUUUUUUUUCCAGAUCAAACAUCACUAUUGACUAGGCCCCUGAUUCAUAUUGCAAUGGAAGAAAAUGAAUAUUAACGGGCAAGAUUCCCAGAUCAUGUAAUAAUUAGAACAAUUUCAUCUUGCCUGCAGGUUUCUUUGAUCAUUGCCAAAAAGUAUUCCCUGUGAUUGACAAUAUAUUUCCUGAAUGCCAACUAGGACGGUUCCCAUUUACCCUUUUACCAAGAUUUCUCAAGCUCUCUUGAGUCAGAUGGAAAUAAAAUCAAUCAUGUGGGUACCAUAUUCUAGCACUUUGCAUAAAUCUACCAUGUAGUUGCAAAGCCAAAUAUCGUGUUUCAACCUUCUUGCUUCUCUUGAUCUUGUUGCUGCAUAAACAAUGUUAAAUAUAGUCCGUUGUUUUCUUAGCGCUAAACAAAUCGUGGUGUUCCUCUAUUGGACGUUUUCUUCUUUUCACACUAAAAUACAGAUAAAGCAAACCAUAGUUAUGUGAGGUAAUUAAGUACAGUCACUUCCACAUAAACUACUUUUGGUGAUACUGGGAACAGAUUGUACAUAGAUUUUUUUAGCUAUAUUGCCUACAUUUUUCUCUGUGCCAUUCUUGAUGUAAUAUCACUUUGUUUUGGUGCUCGUACCUAGCCUCACAUGGAUCCAAAGUUCUGCAAAAAUCAAGAUGCAGCUGCUCUCCUGCACAAGUAUCUUAAUUCAUAUUGCUCAUGACAGUGCAUAUGAAAAGCUCGAGAAAGGCUACUUUGCUUCCAUGCCCCUAAAGAAAUAUUUUCUGACGAGAUUUCUAAGUUGUCGAGUAAGAACUCUCCUUUUCUCAGUUGUUUUUAUUAGCAAGGUCUUGUAAGUUAUCCUGUUCAUCAUGCAUAUAUAUAAAGCAAUUAUGAUUGAAUAGCUUUCUGUUAUCUGUACAAAAUGGUUGUACUGUAAAUGUAAAGAAGCAUGUUGAUCCUAGUAAUAUAUCUGUACUCUCCACUGUAUUAGUAAAUUAGGAAAAAUGUAAAAAUCACAUGAUUACAAGACAAUUGAGAUAGCUAUCUCUACUAUAUUAAAUGGCUAGAGGUGGUGUCCCAUGGUACGUCCUCCCCUCUCCUCUUCCGAACGAAUAAAACCGCUCCCCAUAUCCCGCACGCCUUAUAGCGCAAAAAAAACUCAGAAAAAUCAGAUCCACCCACUCCCAAUCUUCAGUCCAAGAUCCACACGAUCAUGCCCCCAUCAUCGUCCGCCGCCUCCGCCCCCUCCUCAACCUCUCGUUGCGCCGGCCGACUCAGCCCCGUGAACCCCAGCGCCAUCUGCACACGACGCCCUGGCGCUGCCUCCUUAUUCCAUGCCCCGACCCCGACCGAAUCCCCUCAUGUCGCCUCACAACCACCAGCAGCCUCGUGCGGGUCAAUCCGGGGCAACCGCCGGCCAACUUCGUGCGCCGCAACUGCCGAUCGUGGAGGUCGUGGAGAUUACCACCUCCACCACAAAAUCCACGAAUUCCCCCUCCCCACCCUUGUUCUCCUCUCGUCUCCCAGUAAGCUCUCUUGAUUCCGGCGACCGGACGAGCUACUGCCGCCGCCGAGAAACCUCCGAGCACAGAAUAAGUCUGACGCCGCCGGCAGUGGCCACGCUGUUGCGCCGUCCAUCUUGUUUGUCCCCCACCAGAAGACAGGAGGGCGUGCACAGGACGUCUUCCUCCUUCUACGCCGCAUCUUUGGACGAAGAAGCGUUGGUGGAGGCUGUGAAUCCAGGGGCAGUGUCCAUCGCGAGGAGGCGACUGCAAGGUACACCAAGGAGUUCUGCUUCGACAUCCUGCUGCUCGAAUCCUCUUCCUUCUUCUGGUUCAGGAGGUUCAGGCGGUGUUCUCGAGGGGACAUCGUAGCAUUGUUGGAGGUGCCUGCGAGGUACACAGCGGAGUCCAGUAUUCACAACUUUCUGCUGGGUCAGGAGGUAAUGGAUAAUCGUGCACCGUGAUCAUGUAGAACAAGCAAUGAAAUCUUAGUUCAUCCACUCAAGAGACAUGAAAGGAUCAUUACACAUCAAACUUUAGAGAUAACUACUAUAUUAAACCUCAACGACUUCGUGAUUUCUCAGAUUUUUGGUUUUGCUUUCUGCCUAUGUCAUUUGCUUACACGUGUUUUACUAUGCCUUUGUUAUCAAUUCGUGUGCAGUUAUAGGGGUAUCUUGCAGUUUCUAUCAGUUUUAACUGAGACUGGUAUUUCUUCUUCUGUUUUAGAUCUGGGUGUGCGUAGCAAUUUUGUUUCACUAUGCCUCUGUCGCGUGGUGAGUCUAACAUGGUAAAGCGGUGCGGUGGUGCGGCGUCGACUGUCUGUCGGUUUUUUUUGUCUCUUGCUUCUUGGCUCAGCGAGCGUACAUGAGUUUACUAUUUGUCUAAUCUACGCACGUGUGCUUGGUCAAUCGUAGCACACCUAAGACCUAACGUGGCAAGCAGAAAACACACAUCAUAAUGAACGAGGACCCACAUCAUCAGCACGUAUUCCCCUCCACUACCGCUUGCCGUUUCGCCUCUUUCCUCGCCUCCUCUCAAUCGCCGAUCCCGCUUCCUCGCCUGAGGCGUCCCACUCUCCACCGGCCAUGGUGACGAGAGGAGCUGGACCACGGAGGCAAGCUGGCCGCCGCAGGCGUCGGCACCCCGCGCGCCGCCGUUCACGGGGGCGAGGAGCUGGAACACAACGGCAAGAUGGAGAGGCAUCACGGCAGCCUGGAGUCCUCUGGGCUUCUCUCCCUGUCGACGUCCCGAGCCGAUGCGUUUCUUGGCGCGCUGUGAGGGGCGUCGUAGAAGGUGAUGGCUGUGAGUCUGUGACAGAGCAUGAGGCGUGGCCGAAGAACAUCGUGGCCCGUGAUGGCAGCCAGCGUAGGGAGCGGAAAGAGCGGUGGGCGACGCGGAUGGAGGAUGGAGGGCGCCGGGUUCGGCCGCAUACCGCUCAACUAUUACGCGCUUCUCCAGGCUCUAGGAGGGCAGCGCUUGGCCUCGGGCGCGACGGCUUCAAGGUUUGUGCUGCAGAUGGGGCUUCAAUUUGUGUUCUACGCGGUGGUGUGGUCGGCGCCGGCGGGUGCAAUCGCCGGGCAGAGCGGCGCUAAACUGCCACGGCGGGUGGAAUCGACAUCGUGGUGAGCUGCGGGCGGCCUUGGCACUGCUCCAGACAGAGGUCGCCGCUGUCGGGCACCGCAGAGACUGGUUUCGGCAGGAGGUGUCGCACCUGGUGGCAACGCUUCUCCGUAUUGGCAUUGGUGUUCUCGCGGGGGGUCCCUAUGGUAGUCACGGCAUUGGCUCUAUGACGGCGGAUUCGUGGACCUUCGGGUCAUCGGCCACCCUCCUCAUCCGUCAAUGGCCACUGUCAGUGUUUACCGUGCUCAUUCGAUUGGUAUAUCUUCUAUUGGAGCUGGUCACACGAUGUCUGUGAAAUUGGUAUUUAGCAUUGGACUCUUCCUCUCUUUCUUAGACAUAUGGGUGCACAAUAUUGAUCUCCUUUUCUGUUUUACUCAGCCGAGUGGCAAGGCGAAGCUGCAGUUGAUGAAAACAGCGGUGCUAGCAUGAGGAUCACAUGUUCGUCUGUCUCUUAUUUCUAUCUCUUUUAGUAGAUCUUCCUCCGUCCUGAUACUUUUUGAUGAUUAGUGUUUCCUUGGUUUGUGCUUGCGAUGCAUGGUGAAUAAUUACUAGAGUUUCUUUUUAUUCACUUAACCUUGUAGAUGUACAUAGCAGUGAAGGGCACUGCUACAGAGAGAUCAUUUGUAAAAUUCUGGCCAAGUGUUUAUUUUCUUCUUUUCAGAGACAGUUUUUCGUGUCUGGGUUUGAUCAUUCAGUAAGAUCAAGCAACAUAAUGCUACAACUAUCUGAUUUCUUAUAGUUUUCAGGUUGUAGUCACAUCCAUUUGGGUUCUUGCUGUGUUAAGCUUCUGGUUCACCUUUUUCUAGAAUUUCUUUUGUUUUGCAGUUAGACAAGAUAAAUAUGAAUAUCAAAAGGGUUAUUGGAUAUCGGCAAUGGUGCAAUAAAUUGUGGAAUGCCAUUCGAUUGCAAUGGGCAGGCUUGGUGAUCAUUAUAGUCCACUAGCAAUUAUCGUUGUGUCUUCAGUGCCUCCAAUCUGCAAAUAGAUACUAUCAGUAUUUAAUAAGGCUAUUGGUAAGACUCUGACCUUAUUAGAAGCAUGCAAGUUCUUUGAUGGAACAUCUGCUAUGUACUCAUGGUAGAGCUCUAUUUUUUUGUCAUCAAUAAAAUGACAACGCACUGAUUUAUUUACUGCAGUGGUCAGGUGCAUGGUUGAAAUGUUGUUCAAUGUGUGCUUAUUAUGAAAAUAUAUGCAAGCGCCUUUUUAAUGCACCUAAUGCAUGGUGAUCUGGAAAGGUCAUUUUGGUUGUUCUGGACCGGACUACCAUUUUUUUCAUCACCACUCAAUGCUUGGAUGGGUUGGUAAUAGGUUUACAUUUGUAGAUUACCUCUGAAUUAGUAAAUUUGGCUCAUGCUUGUGGUGAUUUCAGCAUAAUAAGAUAUCAGAUUCCUGUUUGUUCAUUGUUUUGGUUUUUUAACUUGAAUUUUAAUAUUCCUAGAUAUAUUAGCUUGCUUUGGCCGAGCCAUGAAAUUGUCUGCCUUGCAGCAAAUAUUUGAACUGGUUUAAGGCAUGCUCAGAAGUCCUCUAGCUUCUGGAUUCCUGAAAUUCCAGCGUCGAGCAGUGCCAAAAAGUCUAGCUUCACAGAGCCAGAUCCGAGAAGCUAGCCCAAUUUGAUGUACAAAUAUACAUUUAUAAGUGGAUCUGGUAAGUUCCUUUGGAGUCCGAUGUUUUUUUACUGUCUAGAAUAGCAUGACACCUGAUGCACCAGGUAAUAUAUUUAGAUCGAAACCUAUAUGUUUACCUACUAUUAUUGUUUCCAAAAAUACGGUCCUUCCAGAUUAAAGGGGCAUUGGCAGUUUGGCACCAUUCACAUCUUGAUGGAGGCUGUGACUUCCUUGCUCUAGCAUUACAUUCUUUUAGUUGCCUUACGAUGUAGUACUUGAUUCUGGAAAUCAAAGCUUAAUAUGGUUAUUAUUAUAUAUCACCGUUGUGGACUGUGAUAUAUGUUUGCCUUAUAAUGUAAACUUGUAUACACAUGUUUCUUAUGUUUAUGAUUAUCAAUGGGAAUGUGUGUGUGUGUGUAUCAGGCCAAUUUCAUCUUAGACGAGAAUGGCAAAAAUAUUUGAUUAUACAUUUGGGUUGGUUUCCAUGUUCUUUUGUUUCGAGCUAUUUCAUUGUCUUACAUUGCUCUCGACAGUUGACAUGGCAUUGACUGCAUCAAUUAUCUCACUUGUGCACACCACAUUUUCAUGUGGUUUCUCUCAAGAUCUAGAUUUUACCAGUUGCUCAUUAUAUGUAAUUUAUCUUCUGUGCUCUGUAUUUCCAAAAUUAAUCAAUAAAAAAUAUGCAAAUCUCCGUCUCCUUAUUUACUUUGCUGUCCCUCUUUCCUUGCAGAUGUUAGACUUUUGUGUUUUUCUGCCAACAACAAAGAAGAUUUUGUGUGGAAAUAGAUAAGCAUGAUUCGAAGGCAGGAUAUUCAGAUUGUAGUUCUUACAACAGGAUUGUUUUCCUUACUUCAUAAGUUCUCAUGGUGCCCCUCUAAUAUUUUUUUGUAGUCAAUUACUUUUUUGUUGCCAUCCAUUUUUGAGUGAUGCUCAACUUCGAGUUUUGUAAGCAGGCUGGCAGACAUGCAUUUCUAAAGUAGAUGAAUAUGAAAUGAAUCAAUCUUGAUUUGUGUUUAAUUUGCCUUUGGUGACAGUUUGAUGGUUAGCAGAUCUCUUUUUGGCACACUUUUGAGUCCUCAAUCCAUGCUGAAUUCUUUCGUUCAGAGUUCAGAUAUUAUUUUCGCAUAGAGGGCUUAGUUAAAAACGUUUUGCUCAAAAACCUUAGGAUUAAGGAGGCAUUGUUCUGAAAUAAUUUUCUUAACUAUACAUGACAACGGUAUUUUAGUAUUUAUGGUAGCAUUUGAAAGGAUGAUAACAUUACAAUACGUUAUAUGCUAUAUGAUUAUGUAAGAAUGGUGUUGUAGGCUCUACGUUAACUGACUAUGAUAUCAUUUGAGGGAGAUGUUCUAUGUUACUAAUUAAUUAGAGCUCUGGCAAUAUGAUAAGCGAGUUCUUCAAGUAGACGUUCUGAACAUCUGCCAAGAAAGCCAAGUGCCGCAGGCACCUGAGAGUGGAGGCACCGAUUGCUGGAGGAGCGAGGGUGAGGAGGGCUGUGGCAGAGCAGAUGAGGUAAACAAUCUAUAUACUUUACCUCUCUUAGUUCUUUGGCUUUGCUUGCUGUUUUGACAUGGUCAACUGGAUAAUAUCGAGCCGAUGAAUCCUGUCAAUGAGGACUAAAACUGACCUUGCUUGAAUGGAUAUGCAUCUGAAGGAGGCAAGGAGAAAGUUGUGCAUGUGUUAUUACAGGUUGACUAUAUAAGUGCAAAUAUCAAGAAGGUGCAUCGAAACUAUGGAACUGUGUGCGCUGCCGACUUCACUCACUACUAUAAAGCUUUGGCCCUAAUAAGACCAGUUCAUAUUGACACUA